CGUGACAACUGCGGGUGGGCCGAGGCAGCAAAGAAAUCGGCUUAGAGUACUUGCCCCCAAGCAGAUUACACCGGGCCCAGAACCAAACAGACCAAAAAACCAUCAGCCACCAGUCGGCAGACACCUUAGAGACCGCUCUGGCUCUGGGCUCUAGCAGGCACCGUAGACCCCUCUCUGGGCUGCGGCAGACACUGUAGACACUGUAGACACUGCAGACACCGCGCUCUGGUGCUCUGUCAGACACGAUCCACGAAUCGACUCGCUGCCGAAUCGCAGUGCUGGGCUGGAAACGAGCUCCGACCGAAUACCCAACCGUUUCUCGAUUUGAAUUUGAAGUUUUUAAACCGUCAACUAAGCACGCUGCGAAUUUAGUGGCAAUCGAGCCAGAGAGCUGUACAGACGGACACCACGGAGGCGACGCGAAGCGAAGCUUGAACCACCGCAAAACUAACGAAACCGAAUCUGAAGAUUGCAUCUCGCGUGGGUCGUCGGCAAUCGGAAGUGCAAUUCUCUUCAAAACACUCAUCUCUGCUGGAGCAGCAGGCCCCAUCAGCAGCGCUCACUCCCUCUCCCUCUGGAGCGGCGGAACUAAUUGAGCGGCGGAACACACUUGGAGAUCUCAUCUCUCCCUGGGAUAAUUAUUAUUACAGUCGAAUGUUUUGGCGAUGAGGGUUGCCGAAAUUGGCAAAAGAUACGAGUAAAAUUCGGAGCAAAAUUGUGCGUGUGAAGGCAAGCGUGAAAAACAGAAGAAAAUUGCAAAUUACUUACUAAUUCAACGUUGUGCCUGAAAGAAGGGACCGAAGACCAAAAAAAAAGAAAAAAAAACCAUCAUGAAGAUCUGUCUGCUGCUGGCAUUCGUUGCCCUGGCAGCGUUUACUUCGGGGAUUGGAGCCAGCCAAAGUCCCAGCUCCAGUCAGUACCACAUCCAGACGGACGAGGGGCCCGAGCGGUAUUUCCGCUUCCAGACGGACAACGGACAGUUCCGGAAGGAGAAGCGUCUCCAGGAUGGCACUGUCAUAGGCACUGAGGCAUGGAUCGAUGCGGCAGGGUAUCUGCGGCAGAAGGACUACAUAGCCGACAAACAGGGCUAUAGGAUCCUCAAGUCCAAGACCAUCUAUGUGGGCCAGGGACGUCCCAUUGAGGAUGCCAUCAAAUCCACCAAGUCAGCGCCUGCGCAAUCGGGCAUUCUGGUCGAUGGUGGUUCUUCUGGUUCUGGUUCUGGUUCGAGAAACACAUUUGGCGGCUACCAAAGGCCCGCCUAUGGCUACGUUAGUUCCACCACUUCGACUACCACUCAAUCACCUCCUCGGGAUUUGCAGCUUGACUUGGAUCCGCUGGUGGAUUCAGGAGUGGGAAAGCUGAACUAUUUGCCGCCAGAAGAGGCGGCCAAGAUCCAGCCGCAGUCCCAGCUGGGAUUCGAUCACUAUCCAGACGAGCUGCCUCGGGCAAGGGGCCAGCUAUUGUCCGGUCAGCACUCGCCCCUGGUGCACAUUCAGCCAAAUUCAGAGCCCGUGGACAAUGGCCUCAAUGCCAUAAACGUGUAUGAUGCAGAGGCGGAUCGGGACUUUGGCCACGGACGAUUCGGAUCGGUGAUCAGCUCCACGACUCCCCAGCCGCCUCUACUCUCAAUGCUGCCACCCUUGGGAUCACCGCAUAGACGCCGCCUGCGUCCGCGUCCCACUGCCAUUGGGAUUGUGGCGAGCACUCCAUCGCCCAUUGCUGCAGGGGACUCCUAUGGAUUUUCCGCUCCAGCGCCUUUUGCUGCACCGCCUUCUGUUGCCCCACCUUCUGUUGCCUCUGGGUAUAAUUAUGCGCCCUCACCCACGCUAUCCACGAGUGGGUAUGCACCCUCAUCCUCCAACAGUGGGUAUGGAUACUACUCGCCCAAUUCUCCGCUGGAGGUUAAUUCCCUGGAGGCUGCACUACUGCCACCGCUCCCAUCCCGAGCCUACCGCCGCCGCCUGCGUCCGGUGCAGAGCAAUCACUUGGACGAGCUCAGUGCCGCGGGAUACGAUGGUGUGGGCGUCACCAGGAACGGAUUCCGCUAUGUCCUCCCGAAGCAGUACCACGAGGAGGAGACGAGCGCGGCGGAUGGGAAGCGAGCCGGCAGCUUCGGCUACGUUGAUCCCUUCGGCAUCCGUCGCGUGGUCUACUACAAUGCCUCGCCGGGACGAGGCUUCGUCCACAGGAACAACAAUCAGUACGUGGGUGCGAAUGGAGCGCCCUACGAUGAGCCGGGACCCGCGCAGCUGGUGAACGAGUAGUGUCCGCCCAGUAGUGUCCUUACAGAUGGGGGUGCACCUCCAGCUAAUCCAUUCACCUACUCACCGAAGCACUGCCUCCAAGGUCGAGUCUCUUCCCGAAGCACUGCCUCCCAGUGGACCCAUUCGCCGAAGCUAUGCCUCCUGGUGGAGCCUCUCUCAUAUGAAGCACCAAAACUAACCGUAGAACCUCAGAAUAACACUUAAGAUUAACCAUGUACAUAAUCCCCGCUUUUAGCAUCACAUUCUCUCUCUCUAUCGAUUCCUCACCCUAUGGCUCUAUAUCUCUUACACACACACACACACACACACACA